GUUACAUUCAUAAUAAACAAAAAUAAAUGAAAAAAAAGUCAGUCGACAAUCAGUUAAUUUUUAUUUGAUUGUUUUAAGAUUCUGAAUAUAACUCAAUAUUGACAAUUAUGAGAUUCGUUUCGAAUUUAUUAUCGACCAUUCAUUCUCAUCAUUUUAAUCAUCAUCAUCAUCAUCAUUAUCGUUUUGUGUAUGAAAAUAUUUGUAAACGAUUUUUACAUUCGGCGUCAUUAAGAAUGACUACACAAGAAGUGGCAACUGCUCUUCGACCAUUCAUUUUUACUGUUCAUCCAGAUCGUUUUUGGAAUCAUCCUCAAGAAAAAAAUACAAAUGAAAUAUCAUUGAAAAGAUUAAAUGAAUUUUUAGGUGAUAAAAAUGAUGGUAAAACAGCAUCAUCGACUGAUGAAGAGACAAUUACUUUCUAUAUUCUUAAUAAUGAUGGUAAAAUCAGAUCAAAUGAAAAAUCUGCACAAAAUAAAUUUGAAAAAGUGAACAUAAAAUUAAAUAGCAAAGAAAACAUAUCGACAACAGUGCACAGGAUUUUAUCACAAUGUUCAUUGCCAACCGAUUAUUUAAAAAAGAUAAGUCAAGAACCUAAUAUAAAACGUAAGAACAAUCUUACUGAUAAUAAUAAUACAAAUUACAAUAAUAUCGAUGAAUGGCCGACGUUUUAUCGUCAACGUGAUAAUGAAUAUUUCUACAGUAAAGAUAUUUUUGAUGAUCUGGAAGCAGAAUUAUUUCGUUCAAAAAUGGAAAUCAAUCUUCGUAGAUGGUUAAAAGAAAAUCAUUUAUUAGCGAUGAGAAAACUUGAAGCUAGUCAACCGAUACGUAUCGAAUUGACCAGACUUAAACAGGAAUUAAUUGAUGAGCUUAAAUUAAUUAAUCUUGAAUGGAAUUGUGAUUGGACUGCCAGUCAUAUUCGCGGAGCUUUAAAAAAUUUAAGCAUUCUUUCCAAACAAUAUCCAGAAGAUUUUAAAAAAUUACAUUCAAAAACAGUUGUGUUUAGCCGUCAUAAUGGUGUCAGUUUUAAAGGUCAGAUUAUGUUAAGCAUCGAAGAUGUACGUAAUAAUUGGCUAUAUUUGAUUCGUUCUAUCAAGAGUUACGAUUUUUAUGUACAAAAUAUUCCAAAUGCUGAAAGAAAAUUAUCAGUCCUUCUUUCAGAUAUCAUUAUUAAACAUCCAGAAUAUAAUCUUUGGAAUGCUAAAAAAUAUUUCAAUCAACUUGAACGAUUAAUUCGAUCGAUUCAAUCCUACAAAUGUGAUCGAAAUUUUCCUUCUAUUUGGCCUGAAUCAUUGGCCGAACAUAGACUUAUAGUGGAAUCCGAUUCUGGGCCAUUGAUGUUAUCGCCUACUGGCGAUUUUAUUGUACCAGCUUCCUGUCCUGUUUCUCUGUUAAUCCAAUUUAUCACCGAAAACCUACAUAAGGCAAAUCGAUUGAUUGAUAAAGAAGAAUUUAAUCAAGAACAUGAACGUGUAAUCAGAGAAAAAUGUAUUGAAACAUUCCAUAUGAAACACUUUGACAAAGAUGUUAAUAUUACACCCGAAAAAAUGAUUAAUUUUUGUCACCGAAUAUUAGAUGAUAAAGAAGAAUUUGAAAAUUAUCUAAAGAAUGCUCAUGUUCAAGUUUCUAUGUAUUACAGUGUCAUGCAUGAUGGACAGAUUUGUGUGCCAUAUAAUUUCAUCAAAUGAUCAUCAUUUUUAUUUUUAUUUUUUGUUAAAAAUUGUUCAAUUUAUUAUUAAAAAUAACAUUUCAAUUCGAAUUUAAA